GCAUGCGCCAGGAGGGAGCGCAAUCACUGACUCGGCUUGCGGCUACCGGUUAAAAAAAGGAAACCCCGGAGAGCCAGAGCGCGAAGGAAAUCUGGCCGCUGCCGCCGCGAGCGCGUUCCCGAAUUCUGAGACUCAUGGUUGGUCAUAUGGAAGAGUACCUUGAACUUACAGUAUUCUGAAGAAUCAGUUCAAAGGAUCCAAAGAGUACAAAAGGAGAAGUACAAAUGUCUACCACAAGACGGAAACGUAUUAUGUUAUGCUGUUUACUGUAAGCUGUAGUAAAAUGAGCUCAAUUGUUGACAGAGAUGACAGUAGUAUUUUUGAUGGGUUGGUUGAAGAAGAUGACAAGGACAAAGCAAAAAGAGUAUCCAGAAACAAAUCUGAAAAGAAACGCAGAGAUCAGUUUAAUGUUCUCAUUAAAGAAUUGGGAUCCAUGCUUCCCGGUAAUGCUAGAAAGAUGGACAAAUCUACUGUUCUGCAGAAAAGCAUUGAUUUUUUACGAAAGCAUAAAGAAAUCACUGCACAGUCAGAUGCUAGUGAAAUUCGACAGGACUGGAAACCUACAUUCCUUAGUAAUGAGGAGUUUACACAGUUAAUGUUAGAGGCUCUUGAUGGUUUUUUUUUAGCAAUCAUGACAGAUGGAAGCAUAAUAUAUGUGUCUGAGAGUGUAACUUCAUUACUUGAACAUUUACCAUCUGAUCUUGUGGAUCAAAGUAUAUUUAAUUUUAUCCCAGAGGGGGAACAUUCAGAGGUUUAUAAAAUACUCUCUACUCAUCUGCUGGAAAGUGAUUCAUUAACCCCUGAAUAUUUAAAAUCAAAAAAUCAGUUAGAAUUCCGUUGUCAUAUGCUUCGAGGAACAAUAGACCCAAAGGAGCCAUCUACCUAUGAAUAUGUGAAAUUUAUAGGAAAUUUCAAAUCUUUAAACAGUGUAUCCACUUCAGCACACAAUGGUUUUGAAGGAACUAUACGACGCACACAUAGGCCUUCGUAUGAAGAUAGAAUUUGUUUUGUAGCUACUGUCAGGUUAGCUACACCUCAGUUUAUCAAGGAAAUGUGCACUGUUGAAGAGCCCAAUGAGGAGUUCACAUCUAGACAUAGUUUAGAGUGGAAGUUUCUAUUUCUAGAUCACAGGGCACCACCCAUAAUAGGAUAUUUGCCAUUUGAAGUUCUGGGAACGUCAGGCUAUGAUUACUAUCAUGUGGAUGACCUAGAAAAUUUGGCAAAAUGUCAUGAACACUUAAUGCAGUAUGGGAAAGGCAAAUCAUGUUAUUAUAGGUUCCUGACCAAAGGGCAACAGUGGAUUUGGCUUCAAACUCAUUAUUAUAUCACUUACCAUCAGUGGAAUUCACGGCCAGAGUUUAUUGUUUGUACUCACACUGUAGUAAGUUAUGCAGAAGUUAGGGCUGAAAGACGACGAGAACUUGGCAUUGAAGAGUCUCUUCCUGAGACAGCUGCUGACAAAAGCCAAGAUUCUGGGUCUGAUAAUCGUAUAAACACAGUCAGUCUCAAGGAAGCACUGGAAAGGUUUGAUCAUAGCCCAACUCCUUCUGCCUCCUCUCGGAGUUCAAGAAAGUCUUCUCACACAGCCGUCUCAGACCCCUCCUCAACACCAACAAAGAUCCCAACAGAUACCAGCACUCCUCCCAGACAGCACUUACCAGCUCACCAGAAGAUGGCGCAGAGGAGGCCAUCGUUCAGUAGUCAGUCCAUAAAUUCCCAAUCUGUUGGUUCAUCAUUAACACAGCCUGUGAUGUCUCAAGCUACAAAUUUACCAAUUCCACAAGGCAUGUCCCAGUUUCAGUUUUCAGCUCAAUUAGGGGCCAUGCAGCAUCUGAAAGACCAGUUAGAGCAGCGGACACGGAUGAUAGAGGCAAACAUUCAUCGGCAACAAGAAGAACUAAGAAAAAUUCAAGAACAACUCCAAAUGGUCCAUGGCCAAGGGCUGCAGAUGUUUUUACAACAAUCAAACCCUGGACUGAAUUUUGGUUCUGUUCAACUUUCUUCUGGAAAUUCAUCCAACAUCCAGCAACUUGCACCUAUAAAUAUGCAAGGCCAGGUUGUUCCUACUAACCAAGUUCAAAGUGGAAUGAACACCGGACAUCUUGGCACAACUCAGCACAUGCUGCCACAGCAGACCUUACAGAGUACAUCAACUCAGCAGAAUCAACAAAAUGUACUGAGUGGGCAUGGUCAGCAAACCUCUCUUCCCAGUCAGACACAGAGCGCUCUCACAGCCCCGCUGUAUAACACAAUGGUGAUUUCUCAGCCUGCCGCUGGAAGCAUGGUCCAGAUCCCGUCUAGUGUGCCACAAAAUAGUGCUCAGAGUGCUGCAGUCACUAGCUUCACUCAGGACAGACAGAUAAGAUUUUCUCAAGGUCAGCAACUUGUGACCAAAUUAGUGACUGCUCCUGUAGCAUGCGGGGCCGUCAUGGUGCCAAGCACCAUGCUCAUGGGCCAAGUGGUGACUGCCUAUCCGACGUUCACUACUCAGCAGCAGCAGUCUCAGGCACUGUCGGUGACGCCGCCGCAGCAGCAGCAGCCACCGCAGAGCUCCCAGGACCCACAGCUGACCACAGUGCCCCAACCUUCUCAGGCCCAGCUGACUCAGCCUCCACAGCAGUUUUUACAGACUUCUAGGUUGCUCCACGGAAACCCUUCAGCUCAGCUCAUCCUCUCUGCUGCGUUUCCUCUACAGCAGAGCACUUUCCCUCAGUCACAUCACCAGCAGCACCAGUCUCAGCCACAGCAGCAGCUUAGUCGGCACAGGACUGACAGUUUGACUGACCCUUCCAAGGUUCAACCACAGUAGCACAUGUGCUUCCUCUCUGACGUCAGGGGAGGAAGGGGAUGGCCCAAAAAGAGCUACUCAGAUGACCUGAGGAUAGGAGGAAACGUCCCAGCAGUUUCAUGAAUGUUCUAGUUCCUGGAAUUGGCGGAGAAAAUGGUGCCUAGUGCUACAGAUGUGUAUUAAAUACCAGCCAGCAGGAGACGAUCACAGGGACGUAGCCAGUUCUGACAGUGUUUUAGUUGCCCAGGUAUUUUUUCGAUGGAAAAAGAGUAUAUUGCCAAAUGUAAGAAGCCCAGCUAUGAAAUGACCUCCAGUGAAUCAGAAAGGCACUAACGAUGUUAGUAACUUUUAGUGGUUCUGUGCCUAUUGUCAAGUGUUACAGAGGACACGCCACUGCCACGUCAGGGGUUUGCUUGCAGUGAUGCCAUGAAGACAGUCCAGUAGACUUGGUAGCCCCCGCCCCAGCCCCUCUCCCUUUUUAGAUAAUGAUGGAACAGUAAUUCCUUUCAGAAUGUUGUGUGGGUUCAAAUUCUCUGUGUACAGAUGCUGUAAAAACGUGUAUAUGUCUGGAUAAAAGGAGAGAAAGCAAAAC